GUGCAAUCUAAAUCGAUUUGAUGACAGGCUUGACUUUGAUGCGAAUGUAUCUAUCUGUUGUGGGUUUGAAUUUGAAUUCCAACCAUGGCUGAGAGUUUUAAGGAUAACGUGGCUCAGAGUACGAGAUGUCCUUCAUGUCGAACUCCCUACACUGACCCAAAGGUCCUGUCUUGUUCUCACAUCUACUGUAAUGCCUGCAUAGACAAACUCAUUGAAGACCGUGAUAGUAACCUGAGCAUCCGGUGCAUUGUUUGCCAAGGUGAAACCCUGAUCUCAGACAUACAAGAUGCCAGUAAACUACCGUCAGCUCUAGCGUUUAAAAAUGUUAGGUACCAGAUGUGCAAGAAACACCCAGGAGAAGACGAGGAGUGCUUCUGCUUGAACUGUAGGAAAUUCGUUUGCUACAAGUGUGUCGUUGAAUAUCACAAAGGGGAAAGUCAUGAAAUAAUUGGAUCAGCUGACUAUGAAAGCAACUACAUCGAGAGUAUCAAAGUCUUGAGAUCGGAAGUAGACUGCAAAAAUUCUCGCUUUCAGAAGUACGUCGAUUACAUUGAUGAAGAGAAGAGACGUGUAAGGAAUGCUCACAAGCGAUGUGAAGGUAAAAUAAGCGAAGCAUAUGAUGACUUGGCCAAACAGUUGGCAGAUAGGAAAAAGGAGCUCAUUAAGGAAGCCAGGGGUAGGACUGAAGGAGUAGAGAAAGAACUUGAGGCAAUGAAGAAAUCGGCACUGCAGUAUAUCAGUCAGUUGAAAACCGAUGCUGAUAUGGUAACCAAUAGGUCAGAGGUACCAUGCGAUAUAGAUAGUUUGGCCGUACAUGAAACUCUGUGUGAAGUCUUACAGGAGACAUUAAAUCAAGAAGAUCCUGACUAUGAACAGUCAAGGAAAUCAAGUAAGAAUGGGAAGAGAAUCAAUUUCAUGAGAGGCAUUGAAAAGCUGGACAAGCUAGUAAUUGGUAAAGUUGGUAAUUCAGGUGGACUUUGGUGUGACUUACUUACAAAAGAUAGCAUGAAUACCAUGGUUAGUGCACCAGAUGGUAUGAUGGCAGUGGGAUGUUUAACAGGUGGUAUACAGAUCUUUUCUGCUGAUGGUGACCACCAGGAGUCAGUUCUCAAAGAUGUUACGAUUGGUGGAUUAGAAUACCUAUCUGAUGACAGAUGUGUUGUACUUGAUGAUUCAAACACCAUCACAUUGUACACACCAGAGUACACGAAGAUGAAUGUAACAUUCAAUACUCUUGGUGCUGAUGAAGGUGGCAUUGGAGACCUCACUGUUGACGGUGAUGAUCGGAUCUAUGUAAGCUACAUGAAAGCCAAGAAGAUCCAGGUAUUCUCAUCAGAAGGGACUGUAGAAGCAGAGAUACCGUGUCGUGGAUAUGAACCUCAUCAAAUAAGAAUAUACAACGAUUCACUGAUUGUUUCAUCAAAGUCCCUUAAUAACAGAGUGCGAUUAAUUGAUAAGCAAGGUGUUGUGAAACAUACAUACAAAACAUAUCAUGAAGGACUUUACCCUGCUGUAUCUCAGCGGAAUACUAUCCUGAUCGCCAAAGUGAAUCAGGAGAUGUGUAUGGUAAGCAUUGGUGAGUACACCAUCGAGCUGAAGCGUAUUUGGUCCCUCGUUGAAAAUUUCAAGAUCGAGAAGCCUGAGAGGCAGUGGUAUUGUCUUCAGCAAUAUCGAUCAGGGGAGCUCGCUUUCUGCACCACUGAUAGAUUAUAUAUAUUCUACUAAAAAUGCUGGAUCAUGCAUAGGUUCUUUCGUGCAUUGUACAAUAUUCCAUCCAUUCCCUUCCCCUCUUAUGAGGAGGAUCAUACAACGGGAUUAACUUUUUUCUGGCAGAAAAGGUAAUUAGUUAUUUUCGUUUUAAAUGCGUCUCGUUAUUUCCAAAAAUACAAACAAAUAAACAUCAGCGCCAAUAUGGUAUCUUGCGAUAUAGAUUUGGUCGGUCUGUUUACCUAAGCUUUUGGUGGGUUAAACUGAAGUCAGUUUAAGUUGAGUUGAAAGGACAAACACGAUAUCAAUUCUACAUAGUUAGUCAUGUUCACAAAGUGUAUCAAUGUACAUAUAUUGAUGUUCAUAAUCUUCUAUGGUUAUUUGAUUAUAUGGAAAUAAAGGAAACACAAGCGCUAAAGGUGGCGGUGUGAAAUUAAUCGAUCACUUACUCCUUUGAAGUAUGUUUUUGCAUAUCAAGAAGAGAAAGGUAUGUCAUCUCUAUUUUGGAUCUGCAGAAAGAAACAGAGAGAAAAAUACACACCCCCGAACGAGAAUAUAAAACAUAAACUGACAAUCAGCAUGAAAAUAUCAUAAAUGUAAAGAUGUUAUUAUAUCUUUUAAAGAUUAUCAUUUAAAAACUCUUAUUUUUUCUCUCUAUUUGUUGGAAUUUACAAACUAGGGGGGCUUUGCCCGGGGUUGCACCUCGCUCUUUUUGUAUAUAGUAAAGGGUUAUAUGUCAGGAGUUUUUACCGCCACAUUUACUGCUACAAUAAGUGAACUGAGUGAUAUCUGCCUUUCCUUUUUAUUCAUUCGUAUUCUGUGCAUUUGCUCUUAUUUGAAUCAUUCCAAUCUGACUUGUAAAUAUGUAAUUAGGUUGAUCUAUGUCUCAAUAAAGCUAACUAA